CCCAACCCGUCGGGGCCGCCGCUCCGGACCCGCCGCCGCCGCUGCCGCCGCCGCCUCCUCCUCCCCCCGGAUCGGGUGUACUGUCCCAACCCGAAAGUCCAGUUCUGCGGCCCGGCAGCGGCGAGCGAGCGCGAUGACACAGGAGUACGACAACAAACGACCAGUGUUGGUUCUUCAGAAUGAAGCACUUUAUCCACAGCGGCGCUCCUAUACCAGUGAGGAUGAAGCCUGGAAAUCUUUCCUGGAAAACCCUCUCACUGCAGCAACCAAAGCGAUGAUGAGCAUUAAUGGGGAUGAAGACAGUGCUGCUGCGCUGGGCUUGCUCUAUGACUACUACAAGGUUCCAAGAGAGAGAAGAUCGUCAACAGCAAAGCCAGAUGUUGAGCACCCAGAGCCAGAUCAUAGCAAAAGAAACAGCAUACCAAAUGUGACUGAGCAGCCCCUCAUUUCUGCUGGAGAAAACAGAGUGCAGGUGCUGAAAAAUGUGCCCUUUAACAUUGUCCUUCCCCACGGCAACCAGCUGGGCAUAGACAAGAGAGGCCACCUAACAGCUCCUGACACCACAGUCACUGUCUCCAUAGCAGCGAUGCCUACACACUCCAUCAAGACGGAAACCCAGCCCCACGGCUUUGCUGUCGGGAUCCCCCCAGCAGUGUAUCAUCCUGAGCCCACUGAGCGUGUGGUGGUUUUCGACCGGAACCUAAAUAAUGACCAGUUCAGCUCUGGUGCUCAACCCCCAAAUGCUCAAAGACGUACUCCAGACUCUACCUUCUCAGAGACCUUCAAGGAGGGCGUUCAGGAGGUUUUCUUCCCCUCGGACCUCAGUCUGCGGAUGCCUGGCAUGAAUUCAGAGGACUAUGUUUUUGACAGUGUUUCUGGGAACAACUUUGAGUAUACCCUGGAAGCCUCAAAAUCCCUGCGACAGAAGCCGGGCGAUAGCACCAUGACCUACCUGAACAAAGGCCAGUUCUACCCUGUCACCUUGAAGGAAGUGAGCAGCAACGAGGGAAUCCACCACCCCAUCAGCAAAGUCCGAAGUGUGAUCAUGGUGGUGUUUGCUGAGGACAAAAGCAGAGAAGAUCAGCUGAGGCAUUGGAAAUACUGGCACUCCCGGCAGCACACAGCUAAACAAAGAUGCAUUGACAUAGCUGACUACAAAGAAAGCUUCAACACCAUCAGUAACAUUGAGGAGAUUGCUUAUAACGCCAUUUCUUUCACUUGGGACAUAAACGACGAAGCAAAGGUCUUCAUCUCUGUCAACUGCUUGAGCACGGAUUUCUCAUCCCAGAAGGGCGUGAAGGGCUUGCCUCUGAACAUCCAGAUUGACACCUAUAGUUACAACAACCGUAGCAACAAGCCUGUGCAUCGGGCGUACUGCCAGAUCAAAGUCUUCUGUGACAAGGGAGCUGAACGGAAAAUCAGGGAUGAAGAGCGAAAACAAAGCAAAAGAAAAGGCAAGUGUCCUGACCCCAGCUCCCAGCUGAACGCCUUUUCUGAUGUUAAAGUGCCACUGCUCCCCUCUCACAAACGAAUGGAUAUCACAGUUUUCAAGCCCUUUCUUGAUCUGGACACUCAGCCUGUCCUCUUCAUCCCCGACGUGCACUUCGCCAAUCUGCAGCGGGGCGCUCACGUCCUUCCCAUCACCUCAGAAGAAUUGGAGGUUGAAGGGUCUAACUUGAAAAGGGGGCCAUACGGAUCGGAAGAAGAUUUUGUGAUUCCCCCUCCUGCUAAGCUGACUCGGGUAGAGGAACCAAAGAGAGUGCUGCUCUAUGUGCGAAAGGAGGCAGAAGAAGUCUUUGAUGCCCUGAUGCUCAGGACUCCAUCUUUGAAAGGCCUCAUGGAAGCCAUCUCAGACAAAUACGAUGUUCCUCAAGACAAGAUUGGGAAAAUAUUUAAGAAGUGUAAAAAAGGGAUUCUGGUGAACAUGGACGACAACAUUGUGAAGCAUUACUCCAAUGAAGAUACCUUCCAGCUGCAGAUCGAGGAAGCCGGGGGGUCGUACAAGCUCACCCUCACCGAGAUCUGAGGGCACAGUGGCCCACAGCUCCCAGCAAGCGCAGUGAGGGUGGCACCUGGUCUUUUGGUUCAGCAAGCCACAGGUUCACCAGUCAGCCGCCUUCCAAACGUGGGUGGAUGUCAGUGGAAGGGAUUCCUUUCAAGAUGGAGGUGGCACUGCAUUUGGCUUGGAGAUAGCAUUGACUGUAUUGCAUUGGCGUUUUUCAGAUGACAGAGAAAUCAUAUACCAUGCUGUCUGAAUUUUCUGAUAUAAAUACUUAGGAUUACAAGUGAAAAGUUUUCUCCAAGAUAUAUUAGAUUCUCUGGGAACCUUUAGGAUAUCUGCUACAUUACUUAUAAAAUAUUGUCUCUUCAGCACCAGUGGGCCUGCUCACUAGUGCAAGUCAGAAAAGGCACCAGGCUCGACUCUGUGUGACUCUGACUGCCUCAGGUUGUGGGCGUGGCACCCCAGGAGGACGGGGUGUACCCUUUCCCCCUCGGCCUCUCAUCCCCCAGGAAGUGUUUACUCCGAUAGGGUAUGUUACCAAAAUCCUCCUUGGCAACGUUCUUGAACAUAUCAACUGCCUGUCUCAUGAAGAACUGCCCUGGUCACACUGUGCCUCCGUCAGGCUGCAGCUGCGUGUGUCUAAGUGCAAUAGGUGUUGAAGGCCUGAGUCUGUAAAUGUGUACAUACCUGUCUUAUAUAAAUAGAUAAUAUAUACAUGUGGUGUCUGUGUACAUAGAGUGACGAGAUGUGGUGAUGUCUACCUUAAAGACUUUCUUGAGAUGAGAGGUUAUUUGUGGUCAGCUGUACCAAGCGGAUGGAAUACGGCGCUUAGUGGAACCCGCUGAAACGCUGUGUCUGUGUUUUCCCAAACACAGCAGUCUUCCGUGGCAUAGCAAAAACCUUCUCAAACAACAGAGAUUCUGUUCGCUCUUGAGAAUGUUAUUAUUUGGAUGCAGUGUUUAACAAAUGAAGGCAAGAGAAAAAACACUACUGUAGCUCACACCUGCUGCGUGUGCCAGUAUCAGUCAGGUGCACCUAACGGAGGGGAUGAACACGGCAAUUUCAGCCCAUGCUGUGAUUACUGUGGACUGGGUGGUAGAACUCACAAUGGAGUUCUUCCUAAUCUUCCUGUGUUAAGAAGUAAUUUCUAUUCUGUCAUGUUUCAUAGCCUUCAGGCUUUGGUUUUCUUGUAUGCUCACAAUUCUAGACAGCAUUCAUGAAUUUAUGAGACUAUAUUACUAUGGCAGGGGAACAUUUUGUACACGUGUUUAAAUAUAUAAAAAUACUAAAAAGUGUAAUUUUGUAACAAGUAAAAUCGCAGGUAUCUUUAGGUUCAGGGAGGUAGCAUAGGUUAUUUGUAUGAGUAGGAUUGAUAAGUUACAUUCUUAUUAAAAUAUUCUAAUGAAGUAUGUUAAAUUGCUGGUUUUCUAAGAUAAGAUAUCAGGGGACAUGGGUCAUAUAACAAUAUUUUAUAUUUUGUUUUAUGAAAUCGAUUUUGACUUGUUUGUUUUUAAUUGUAUAAUUGAAGAUGUAUUUUAAACCAAAGGGAUUAAAUUUUUUAUGUCUAUUUCGUAA